AUUUUCAUUAUAUAGGCCUCAAGUGGCGGUACAACAAGACUAUUUGCUACACUUGAGGAAGUGAUUGAACUGUUUCAACAGCCUGGUCAAGGAUUGCCACACGAACUUAAGGAACCAAUAAUUACAGAAUCAAACAACGUUAUCGAUUUAGAUCACGAUUCAGGUUUGGAGCAAAUCAUUUGGAUAUAUACGCAGAUGUAAUAGAAAUCAGUGGCGUAGCCAGUCCGGCAAUUUAGUCCCGCUAUGCAAAUUAAAAAAAUAUCAUUAUUCAUUUCUUUAAAAAUGGAUUGUUUUCACAGUCAAUGAACAUGAAAAUAUUUGCAUAGCGGGACUAAAUCGUCAGGCUGGCUACGUUACUGAUAUAGAAAUGAGUACAAAAUAUUCACUCGUGUUUGUCUUUUUUAUUCUAAACCUAGCUUGUUUCCAUUUUGUUGUAACUGUCGUAGCCAAGCCAUGUUAAACGGUGUGAAAUAUAGUCUAGCAGUGGAAGUCAGUCUAUAGAGGAUAUUAGACUGAGUUCAGGCCUGACUGAGAUUAUAUUUCCACUGUAUCACAUCAGCCAUAUUCAUUUGAUAUUUUUCCACCGUUACGACAAACUGGAAAUGGAAGCUAACCUCCGCUCGAAAGCACUCGACUUCCUAAAGACUAUACUCUACAUUUGAAUUUUGGUAUCCAUUUUGAUCUUUUGUUGCAUAAUGCAUAUUUCCUACUCAGGUUUUUGAAAUUUAUAAAAAAUAGCGAAUUAGCUAGCGUAACGGAUGAACAAACAAUCAUUAAAAUAUCUGGGUUGCGCAAAAUCUUGCUUCCAACGGGUGGCGCAAAAAAUGUACCCCUCUUUGACUUAUUCUAAUUGAAAAACUAAAGAAGCCAUCUUAUUCAAAUAAAGUGUAUUGAACGCAGUAUUGUCUAACUUAAAUUUUGAUGUAUGCCUUAAACAUUUCUAGAGGAUAUUAGCCGAGAUAUACUGUAGACGUUUAAACGCAAGGUAGCGUUUUUGGAAGGAGCGGAAAAUGGGAAAAAUGGCGACUCAACGAGGUUGUUUGCAAAUUGCACGAUAGGCGUUGACAAACAAUCUAAAGUAAAGUGUUUUUUUCAGAUAGGCGGUAAAGUGUUUUUUUUUUCGGAUAUGCGGUCUUUACAUGUUUAAAGAUUAAAAGAAUAAGGUAUCUUUCAAAGCUAGAUACCAAGAAUACUGUUUAUCGUUCGAAUAGAUUGGGUCCCCAUAGGGCAUAGGGAAUUACGAAGUAACCUACUCAGCAACAAUCAAGCAAUUUGAGAGAGCUUCGAGAAGCGAUUGUUAUGGCGUGUAACAACUUGGAGCAGGAAAUGAUCGAACAUGCGUUCGACUGCAUGCUUUCCAGCGCACGACAUUCAGGGUGGUGGACAUGCAUUUCCUAAUGAAUGAGAAUUUAUUGGACGACAGUGUCAAACAUUUGUUCUUACUGUUGCACGUUUUUACCAUUUUAUUACCAUAAUGCAAAGUAAUAGACUAUUUUAUACCACUUUUCGCGUGCAAAUGCCCAUAUCUCGGCUAAUAUUUUAUAGAAAUGAGCAAGGCAUACAUCAAAUUUUAAGUUAGACAUAACUACAGUACCGCCCAAAGGAAACUAUACAUUUUUUUCGAGCGAGUUUCGAGAAUGUUCGAGCGAGAAGCGCGACGCGAAAGCUUGCGAGGGGCGCUAUCGCGACCUCUCGCUCGUUACGCGUAAUGACUCGCUCGAAUAAUCUGUUUACUGCUUUCGCUUCGCGUUACGCGAAUCGCGCUCGAUAAAGGUUAUGUUAAAGGCCCAUACAGACCGGACGCGAUUUGGCAACGCGACGUUUCAGUUUUCAAUGAGAUUUAACUUUAAUAUUUUUCAAUGUUUCUUAAAUAUUCGGAACCGAAUCGAAUCGCGUCCGGUGUGUCUGGAAAGAGCGAAAACUUCAUGGCAGCGAACAUAUGCCUGAAUGGAAGUCUCACCUUGUUUUUACUAAACGAUUUAGGCACGAGAUAUUGUUUUAAGACGCCAUGGUUUUAAGUUUUAUUUGGUUGUCUCGCAGCUCUAUCGGUACAUAAUUAUUCACAGAUUUUAACCUUAGCGAAGCGUCGAAAAUGAAUCGCGUUAAUUAAAUCUUUCAAUAUUUCAGACCCCAUUUACAUGGUACCGGACGAAUUUCAGUAUUUUCCAACUUUAGGAAAUACAAAACAAAACCUGAAUAGUAUAACAUCUUAGUUGUGCUCUUAGUUGUGCUCUCAAUGAUUUUGAAAUAAAAUUGAAAUAUUACUGUACUGUAUAUCGUGUAUUCUUGUUGAUAACUCAGAUAUUGAGAGCACAAGACGCUACUAUUCGAAGUUUGUUUUGCAAUAGAAUUACUAACUACCCAAACGUCUAUGAAGACUGCGAAUUUAUAAAACGAGAUGAUUAAAAACGCAUAUUUUUAUUUUGCAUCCACAAGACCACAACCAAACAAGAUAGCCGGGUAUGGGUAUUGUAUACACAUCGUUUGGUAUUACUCAGUUUCAAAACUGAAUGGGUGCACCUACAGCUCGGGAAAUUGAAUUGGAGAUUUUAACAAGUAUUAAUACAGAAUUUUUUCUGAAACUAUAAACAAAAUAUAAUAUUGCUGAAAUUAUUUUUCACGAGAACAAAUUCACGACAGAGGAAUAUUAUUUAUUAACCAGAAUUCAGAAAGCAAUCAUUAUAUUUAAUACAAACAAGUUAGUUUUUUUACAGUUUCUCUACACAUAUUACGGGUACUGUCAUUACAUAUUUACAGUACAUGUACUCAGAAAUGAGCAUUGCUUUGUACUUCUUGCGACCAUCAAUUCGCACUUCCAGUUCAGCCUGAUUGCCUUUGAUCAAGACAAGGUCGUCCGGAUCCACUAUUUUCUCUCGACGUACAAUUGACAUAGUUUCAUCGUCAAAAAAGUAAACCAGAUAAUACUGAGGAACUUUGGUUAGCAUUCGUAUUCGCCAUAGUUUAUCGAUAAACAGCACGUUUUGUGAUAGCUUUUUGAGUUGUUGAUGCUCUCAGUCUCAGAGUUGAAAGGCCAAUGGCAAUGAAGGGUUAUGAAGCAGUGAUACACGUGUUUUAAUUAAAGAUUCAAACAAAAUUAAUUCAUUUGUAAAGUCUGCAAUAUUGUUUUCAGUGAAUGCAUUGCGGAAGUGCAAUAAUUUUAAUUAAGAACAAAAAGCCUGUGACAACCUUAUUAAUUAAUGAUCUAUUAAUAACCGACUAAUAACAAUAUUAACUAAAAACAAAGUGUGACAACAAAAAUAAAGUAUGACGUACGCGAGCGAUUUGCAUCCGAUCAAAAUACGUGCGACUUGUAUGAAAAUGGUCAAGACCCUUUUACUGUAAUAUUGACCGAGAAUAGUAGCAACUAGAAUAUUGCGUUAUUUUGUAUUUUACCUAUUGCCUGAAUAAUAAACAUAAUAUUUCUAUGUUUACAGUAAGAAAAAACUCAAAACAAUGGAGUAGUUUUGAUCUGAUGAUAAAUAAUUAUCAAUUAUUGGACGAGGUUGAGCAAAAUAUCGUGAUUUGUCGGUGGCGAGCAGAUCAAUUAUUUGCCGAUGCCGAAGGCAGAGGCAAAUAAUUGAUCUGCGAGCCACCGACAAAUCACGAUAUUUUGCGAGAAUCGAGUUCAAUAAUUGUUUUAUCAUUCACUUAUAAAGCUUAAUUUUAUCUUUCGUUUACUAUAUAAGUUCGCCGUCUCUCUUUCUUGCUUCUGCAUAAAAAGUUGCGAAGGACACUGGCAAGAGUUUAUUUUGAGCCAACUAGAUCGUCUUCGUUGAUUUAUCUUGCUUCUAAAUGCUGGCGAAAGACAUUGACUGCGGUUUUAGUCGCUUUUUUAUUUUCUGCGUUUUUUUCUUUAAGUAAGCAAGACAACUCAUUUUCCGAAAGUUCAGCAAAGCGAGCCGCCAUUGUUUACAAAAAUUGAAGGCAAUGCGCAUACUCAGACUAUUAUUUGCACGCAGUUAUUUGCAGGUAAAUUAACCAAUCAAAAUUGAGAAUACUAUAAAGUGAAUGAUAAUAUUAUUUAUACAUGAAAUAGUAUAUAAAAUAAUAUAACCAUCAAUUGAAUAAGCGAUUGAUAUUUUGAUGAUAAUUAUAAUAAGUCUCAGACUCAGGAAGAUCGAUCUUGAGGGCGUAAUCAGCGUUUUGAAAUAUUGUAAAUUUGGUCAGGUCUGAAAUUCCUGACACAUGGGUACUUUGCCCAUGGUUUAAUACUAAUACCUGAUAAAAACAAGUGGUUAUAUAAUUGUAAUUUAGUUUUCGCAUAGUUGCAAUGUUUUUUAUUGAAUCUCUAAAUACAGUAAGUCGUGAAAGGUUGUGAAAAAGUUUAGCGUAUAGUGUUUUGAUUUUUAUACAUAAAAUCUAUAGUUUGUGAUGGUCAAUUUGGUCACAUUUUAAUGACCCUGAGUGAUAACAUUUUCACUAAUAUCCAGUUAAUGACCCAUAUAAUGAGUUUUCACUGAUGUGUUUGUGACGGCAUCACAACUGCGAUAGCUAUACACAGUUCGCUAGUGUUAUACAGUUUGCUUCUAAAUGUCGAUCCACAACGGCCUGAAAGUUCGCAGUACACGUGUUGGCUUUGUUGCCUUCAUUGAAAAUAAACAUAUUAUAACAUUAUAAAAUACAUACUAUAUUACAAUUUACAACUUGAAUGAAUAUAAUUGAUACAUCUAUCAACUAUAUAUUGUUUGUAUUAAUGCCCAGACGCGCGUCCUUCCCAUGCUAUAACAAUAGGAAUCACUUCCUUACAUGGUUUAUAUAUCUCGCACAUUUUUCCGUGGUAACUGUUCCCCAGAAAUCAGUUAUGCCUUUGAUCAAUUCUUCUUUAGUUGUGGGUUUUACAGUCUUCUUUACGUGGCUUUAACCUGAGAGCUUGUUCGGUUGUGUGGCGGUUUAGGAUUGAUAUUGUUGUCACACACACACAGUAAGGUUUAGUGUUACAUUUUCGCCAUUUGCGUGCCGGUUUUGAAAUGCAAAUUAACCGGAUAAAAUAUGCAUACUGUAUGCGUUCGUAUUUACUUGUGAUAGCUCUGUAGGAAACAUGCGAAAUGACAGAAAGAAACUACGGUUACGGUAUGAGUACAUUAAUUUCCUGUUUAAUCAAUGGGAUGAUAAGACUGGUAUAGCAGUUUAAAAGAACAAAGUAUCAGCAUUGGGAUGCGUACAUAGCAAGUAGCCUUCUUUGUCUCUGGUGUGGUCUAUACAGUUGGUAUGUCAUUCUUAUUUAAAAUAUUUCUGUUUUAUUUCCCGUCGAUAAAUUUAUGGUAAAUAUCUCGUCAGAGACAGAGUCUUCGUCUCUGCGAUUUGUUGUUGCAAACGUUAAUAUAUACAAACCCGCCAUGUGUAAGGACAAACUACACUCAAAUUAAAACGAUCGAUGUUGAACUUAUAAAGUAAACGCAUUUAAAUCAUGAACUUCGCGAAUACUCGAAUCUCGUUACUCGAAAAUCUCUUCGGUUCGCAUCGCGACGACUCGAAUCGCGCUUCGCGUUUCGCGAAACUCGAUAGGUAACGCGAUUCGAGAAGCGAGACGCUCGAUCCUCGCUCGAAUGUUUCUCGCUCGAACGCGAAACGCGCUCGAUACUCGAUGUAUAGUUUCCUUUGGGCGGUACUGUACAGUAUGUUUCAAUAAAUUUUAUUUGUAUAAGAUAUAUUUUAAGUUUUUAAUUACAAUGAGUCAAAGCGGGAACAUUUUUUUGCGCUACCCGGUGUAAAAGCGUCUAUAUAAAGCAAGUACUGUACAAGCAAUGCAUUUUAUUUUAUGCAGUAACUAUACACUAGCAUUUCUAUAUGAUCUGUUGGCAUCCUCAUACCCAGGCUCUUUCCUCGCAUAGCCACAAUGAUCACCAUUGAUCACCAGAGGGGCAACCAAUACAUUUGUCAUGUCAGCGAUAUCUGUAGCGAUAUAUCUUUUCGGCAUCCCUUGCAGAUGAUGAAGAAGAGGAGAGAGAAAUUAUGGAUGAGCUUGAUGGAUUGGUGAUCCCAGAUUAUACAGACUUAAGUUUAUCGUUCAUAAACAAAUUGGCGGAAAUGGAUUCCUCAGGGUACAAUAUGUGUUAAGUCGUGUUUACACUACAAGCCUUGGCCUCAGAGCCUCGGCCUGGCCUUGGCCAGGCCAAGGUAAAUGUGGCGCGUUUACACCAUUACACUAUUUUUUUCAGACUGGCUCACUUUGGCCUAGAAUUUUGUUAUUAAUUUUGUGUAUUUUUAUGUGUUGUGACGUUGUCCGCUGGUUGUCCGCUAAUCUCUCACUGUGGACACACGUUGCCAUGAAAAUAGGGCCCAGGCCAGGGUCGAAAGUGUUUCCAUUUUCACAAGGCUAGGCCUAGGCCACCGGUUGUAGUGAGCCCAGAUUUCCUGGCCUAGGUCAGGCCAAGGCUAGGCCAAAGUAUGUUUACCCUGUCAAAAUGUAGGCCAAGGCUAGGCCAAGGCUUGUAGUGUAAACACGACUUUAGUGUAUGUCGUAUCAGGCCUUGAAGAUACGGGAGGGAGGGGGUGUGGCGGCUGAUUCAAUCGACAGGAAGAAUUUUACAUGGUUGAAAUUAAUUAAAACACUUAACAGGCAUUACUGUAACUACUGUACCACACAUACAUGUAAGCGAGAAAUAAGGUUGGCAAUUCAUAAGAACAGAUUAUAUCUGCUUCCUUAGGAUAAAACUAGGUUAACAGAAGCCUUAGCAAUCAGCUCUUUUUUGGAGAUAACAUUGCGUGUAGUUGACGGGCUUUUCAGUAUCAUGGCCUAGAGAGUGCAAACAAACAAGGCCGGUUCCUGCAGAUAUACGUACUAUUCAAAACAACGAGUAGGAGUGUUUUAUCAGAUAUACAGCCGAGCGUUUUAUGUCUGAUAAAACACUCCUACUCGACUACAAAGAAUACUAAUUAGUAUGAAUAAUUAUAUAAUCAUACUAAUUAGGAUGAACAAUUAUAUAAAGAAUACUAAUGAAGAUGAGUUUUAUCAGAUAUAAAGUCACUCCACGUGACAUAUUAUGGCUGACAUGAUUUGUCACAAUGUUAAAGUGCCUAUGCAACGAAAUUUUCACCUCAUUUUUUAUUGUUUUUCUAAAAAGUACUGCUGGAGUGAUGAAGAAUGACGUUUACAGUUUCGUCAUAUCUCAUCUCAUUCUCAAAAGUUAUCGCAAUUUCUUUAUUUUGAGUUGUGACGUCACAAGUAUGAGUUGAGAUAAUGGCAAUAAAAAGAAAGUAUGAUAUCUUGGUGAGUAUUUAAUAAAAUUUAAUGAAACUUGGUACACUUAGUGGGUGCAACAAAGUCAACAAUUUUGCUUGUCUAUGUGGUUGUUAUGGCAACACACUCGUCUCCAGUCCCUUCUCUUCCAAUUUCUAUAUGAUCCAUUUUCAACGAAAUAAAUAGCAAUUUCUGCAAUUUUCGCUUAUUACUAUAAUACGUGUAGGUAUUGUGAUCAGUUUAAACCGUUAUAAUAUGUAAACAUCCUCUUGCAAGAGGUCCACGGGAGGAAAGUUGUGAAAGGAAGAGAAGAGACUGGGGACUAGUGUGUUGCCAUGACAACCACAUGACCUACCAAAAAUAUUCAUAUGAGUGCACCCACUAAGUGUACCAAGUUUCAUUGAAUUUUAUUAAAUACUCACCAAGAUAUCAUACUUUCUUGUUAUUGCCAUUAUCUCAACUCAUACUUGUGACGUCACAACUCAAAAUAUAGAAAGUGUGAUAACUUGAGAACGAGAUGAGAUAUGACGAAACUGUAAACGUCAUUCUUCAUCACUCCAGCAGUACUUUUUAGAAAAACAAUAAAAAAUGAGCUGAAAAAUUCGUUGCAUAGGCACUUUAACGUUUAUGAAUUAUUAAUGAGUAUUUUAAGUAAUAUAUGCAUGUACAAAAUCACAUGUUUGACACUCAAGGAUUUCGAAAUUUCCCAGUGUUGUAUAUUCUUUACAGUGUGUGUCCACAUACGUAACUAAAGACGCCACUUGAAAACUAAAAGAAUACAAAAACGUGCUAUAUACCGGGUGUCCCCCCAAAAGCUGGACACUGUUUAAUUUCAUGCAACGUAAAAGCUAUAAAAGCUAUCGCAAUGAAAUAAAGUUAUAAAGAUCAUUGCAUUCAGAAAGGACUAACUUACAUUUCGAUAUAUGGCACUUGAAUUUACAUGCAAUAUUGACUGCGCUAUAUUGAUGUACAUGAUGUGUGAAUGUUGAACUACUGUUUUUGAAAAUGCCGAAAAUGAGCAUAAAACACCUUAUAUAAUUACCGAUGUAGUUAUACUUGUUAAAUAAUAAAUUUAUUUAUUUUGGUUGUAUCUCGCUCAAUAUUGCAUGUAAAUUCAAGUGUUAUAUAUCAAAAUCUAAGUUAGUCCUUUCUGAAUGCUUUAGUUCAUUGCGAUAGCUUUUAUAGCUUCUACGUUCAUGAAAUCAAACAGUGUCCAGUUUUAUGGGGGACACCCGGUAGUUUCGAACAGUAUAACUAUAAAUGAGAAAUUUUAGUCGAUGGAUUUGACCUGCAGUUGGAGCUUCCAUAAUGGUGAAAGAUUUUCGUGUAGUUCGCUAAAUUAAUAUUAAUAAAUACUGCUUUUUACCCUGUGUUACUGUCAUGCAUUUAAUGAGCAAACAUGCUUUGUGAAGACUUUGCCGUAACGAAUAAUUUUAUUUUCACAAAAUACAUGAAGAUCGACUGGUCACAUACUAAUUACCCAUAAGGAAGUCAGUGAUUUAACAGUAAACUGAUCGGUUUUCCAUGUAGGUUAAGCAAUGAUUUUUGCGACAAUGUGCAAAGCUACCUAAGCGGAGGAUUUGACCGUGAUGGAGAAAGGAUAAAUGCAUCAAAACCAGCUACUGACCUUCAAGAACUUAUUGCCAACUCUGCUCAAGAUGUUAGAAGGUAUGUCAAAUUUUAACGCUGUCAAAUUUUAGGGUUGUACGGAGAUGUGAAUGUUUGACGUUUUUGCCCAACUUUAAUAAGGGUAUUCGAAGAACAAACAUUUGAAGAAUCAACAUUUUCUUCGCAGAGAACUUAAAGACUUCCUCAAAAGGAUUUUGUUUUUACAACAACUGUUAUGCACAGACAAUGAUCUUAGAAAGCUGGUACCGGUAUGAUCUUAAAUUUGUUUACAGUAAUCAUGAGAAAUAUGACUUUCAGUAAACAACAUAUAUCUGAAGGCAGUCUCGAUAUUUACUGUCGUUCCAAUUGAAGUGUUCCUCAAAUAUUGAUUCAAUACAUUACCUCAGGCUGACCAAUUCAUUUCAUCAAGUUCCUCGAGAUAUUCAUACACUUCCUGUGAAAGAGCCAAUUCCAAGUAUUUGAUAAUUUCUGGUCACUUCCUUUCUAUUUAUGAUUGCAUGGUUAGUUGCACAAACAACAAAGGUGAUUGGUGCAUUCAAACUAUUCAACAGGAAGUUUACAAUUAUACUAGGAAGUGUAUGAAUAUUUUGAGGAACUUGAUCAAAUGAAUUGGUCAGCCCGAGGUAAUGUAUUGAAUCAAUAUUUGAGAAACACUUCAAUUGGAAUGACAGUAAAAAUUGCGUAGUCCUCGAAGGUGAUACCAAACCUUUACCCAAUCUCGUUCUCCGAGCCUGCGAUCCUCGGGAAGGAACGUGAGGCUCUGGGAUAAUUCGUUGCCGGAAGCCAGGAACCCUGACUAAGACCAAACUGCGCAUUCCAUAUCAACGGCCAAUCAGAUUCCUCCCUGAAACGGAUUAUCCCAGAGCCUCGCGUUCCUUCCCGAGGAUCGCAGACUCGGGGGGAACGAGAUUGGCCUUUACCAAGCCUAUAAUCACAUGCAUCCUCAUACCCAGUCUAUUUUCUUUCGCACUCUUGUUGGUAAUCACUGAGCCGAAGUGCAUGCUAUGGGCUUGUAAUCACCGAGCCUGGCGACUUGUUGUAUAUCAGUAGAAAUUGUGAAGAAAAACAAGCACAAAAUAUCAGGAAAUGUAUUGAAAGGUUACAAAAUUCAGCGUGUUUUUCUUUAUAUACAGCUAGUAUAUAUAGCAGCUGGUGAAGUGCUAUACAGUAUAAUUUAUAUUAUAGUUGCUUGGCUUCUUGACAUCAAAACAGUUGCAGAGUCAAAGCAAAAACCAAAAACAAUAAUACUUCAAAGUAAUCAGAAAAAAGUAAUUUCUAAAAGGAACAUUAUAUUUAACAAAUAUAAAACAUUUUCCGUGUUGAUAUACAGUUGUAUCAACACGAGUGGAUAUUGGGAAAACGAGAAAUUGUGUGGAAACACGACGCCCGAAGGGCGAAGUGUUUUCACACAAUUUCGAGUUUUCCCAAUUUCCACGAGUGUUGAUAUUUAAGAAAUAGAAAACAUUUUCCGUGUUUCUAUAGAGUUAUAGAAACACGCGUGAAAGUUUGGGAGAAACGAGAAAUUGCGUGGGAACACGAGCACGAAGUGCGAGUGUUUCCACGCAAUUUCGAGUUUCUCCCAAACUUUCACUAUACAAUUACUUUAUGGUUUCCGUGUUUGGAUGGCCUGAUCCAAACACGCGGGAAUGUUGCAAGAGUUAAGAAAAGCGAGCGAAAUCACGAGCCGAAGGCGAGUGAUUUUGCUUGCUUUUCUUAACUCGAGCAACAUUCCCAAGUGUUUGGAUCAGGCCAUCCAAAUACGGAAACCAUAAAGUAAUUGUUUUAUAAAAUAACAACAACACGAUAGUCUCCGUGUUUGGAUGGCCUGAUCCAAACACGGGUUUCGACCAAUCAGAACACGCGUUAUAUACAUGUUAUUUUAUAAUUAACAAAUAUAAAACAUUUUCCGUGUUGAUAUACAGUUAUAUCAACACGAGUGGAAUUGGGAAAACGAGAAAUUGUAUGGAAACACGACGCCCGAAGGGCGGAGUGUUUUCAUACAAUUUCGAGUUUUCCCAACUUCCACGAGUGUUGAUAUAACUAUAUAUCAAUACGGAAAAAAAUGUUUUAUAUUUUUUUUAUAAUAUAGCAAUGUCAAAAGCCCGAAGGAUAAGAAAAAUUUCCGUGUUUACAAGCGGCGGAAAAUUUCCCGUGUUGACAUUGAGUUAUAUCAACACGGCUCUUAGCCAAUCAGCGUUCAGAAUUUACAAAUGCUAUAUUAUAAAACUAUAUAUCAAUACGGAAAAAAUGUUUUAUAUUUGUUUUAUAAUAUAGCACAAAGAAAUAUAAAGAAAGAAAUGUUCCGACGUUUCCGUGUUGACAUUGUGUUAUAUCAACACGGCUCUUAGCCAAUCAGCGUUCAGAAUUUACAAAUGCUAUAUUGAAAAUUUCUUUCGGAAAAUUUCUUUCUUUAUAUUUCUUUGUGCUAUAUUAUAAAACAAAUAUAAAACAUUUUUUCCGUAUUGAUAUACAGUUAUAUCAACACUCGUUCAUGGAAAUUGGGAAAACUCGAAAUUGUGUGAAAACACUCCGCCCUUCGCCGGGCGUCGUGUUUCCACACAAUUUCUCACUGAACAUGACAAUAUGAUGAAGAAAAAGAUCGAAGAGUCUACAAACAAAAAAACUAAAGUGGCUGAGUGGUAUGGAAAAAGUUUACAUGCCUUGAAAUUUCGACAGCGAAAAACCAUAAUUGCAUUUGGAACAAGAUUUACUUAUCGCUUACCUUCGAAAAUGUUAAUACAUGUUAAUACUAAUAUGGUUGUAUUGUAGGAAGAAAUUGAAAACGAUAACAAUGCACGAUCGAAUGUCUCUUCCAAAUAGCAACAACUUCUUCCUUUUGUUGCUAUUUCCCUGCACAUAUAUUGAGUACACAGAUCUGAAUUCAGUUUAUUAAAUGAUACGUACAACCAUGAUGAUUAUAUUGAAGUAUAGUCGGCCGGCCAAGGUGGAAAAAGUGCCUCUACAGAGAGUUUGAUGGCAACUUUAUGUUAGAAGCUGGUAACAGGCAUUUUCUUAUAGUACAAGCCUUGGUGAAUAAGACUGUGGGUGUUACCACUUCUGAUUUUUGCCGUAUGGCCAAAAAUUUGAGAAUUUUAAAAUUUUGCCUAUUAAAUUACUAUGAUGGCAAAAAUGUAAAAUUUCAUGUUCUCUUAUACAAAAAAUGAACUAUACCGCUAGAAAGAUCGCAAAAAACUAUAUAUAAGACAAUUAAGCGACUAGUGCGAUUUUCAAGCCGAUUUUGAAUUAAAGAUAGUUAAAGUUGGCAAAAGGGAUACUAAUUAGCAUUAAUUUGGUCAUUUCUGCAUUUUUUAGCAUUAAAAACUCGAAAUAGGAUUGGAAAAUUGUAGAACUCACUUAAUUGUCUUAUAUAUUGUUUUUUACGCUCUUUCUAGUGGUAUAGUUUAUUUUUUGUAUAAGAGAACUUGAGAUUUUAUAUUUUUUCCGAUCAUAGUAAUUUAAUAGGCAAAAUUUAAAAAUUCUCAAAUUUUUGGCUAUAGAUCAAAAAUCAGAAAUGGUAACACAUAUAGUCUUGUUCACCAAGGCUUGAACUAUAAGAAAAUGCCUGUUACCAGCUUCUAACAUAAAAUUGCCAUCCAGUUGUACAAAAUGAUGACUUGGCCAGCCGUCUAGUACAUGAUCGAUCCCAAUUACGUGUGAGUGCCCAUGCAACAACUAUUUCAGUCAGUUCGAUUGUUUUUGUCUGACGUGACAUUUGAGUCCUGCUAGAGAUAUGCAGACAAGCCUUAAUAUAUAUUAUCAUUUUAUAGGGCGUGUCUGGGUCGUCUGUUCGUCAGGUAUGUGUCCUGCAGCUAGAUUUCACAUUUCUGUAUAGUUUCAAUAAUAAUUAUUACAUUGGUUGUCGAUGGAAGACUUUGAAUGAAUGCCAGUAUAAGCGACUUGCACUAAGAAGUCACGUGAUAUCAAUCCUCUUUAAACAGCAGCAAAAUAGAAUAAUAUUUUUACUUACGAAAGAGAUUCUAACUAAUAUUCCGGAAUAUAGGUGUUCAAAGCUUGCACUCUCUUUAAUGAAAACGGCGACAUUGUAGCAGGUCACGUGUAUCUAAACUGAAUUUUUUCAGACAAUCAUGUAAAAACUCAACCUCAAAGAAAUCUGUUUAAAGACAUGGCGCCCAUAGAUAUCUUAUAUACACUAGAUAGCGCAUCUCUUUUAGUAAAAUUGAAGCCAAAAUAUUCCAGAGGUUACCCCCAUUUGAAUAGAUGGCGGUCAUGUUGGUACUGUAGUUCCCACUCGCUAAUAAACGCUUAAAAACAACAAUAACUUUCACCAUUUGAAUAGUUUAAAAAUGUAUUUGGAAUAGGUUUAACUUAAUGUUUAAGUUCCAUGUACAUACGAAUCUUCUCAUUUCAUGGGAAUAUCCUGAGUCUCGCAAUCACGGCUUCAAUUUUUGAAUUGCAGAAUAAUUAGAAGCACUAUCUAGUGUAUACAAGAUAUCUAUGAUUGCGGCGGCCAUGUUUUAGCGGUUUUGAAAUAAACUUUUAUUAAACGAAAGGAAAGUUGAAAAAAAAUCACUAUCCGGUGGAAAACGCUAUGUCCGGCGUUCGUUCAACCGGCCGCAGAACUUUAUAUUCGGUCUUUUUCCAAUUUCCCCAAUGCUGUUAUAUUUAAUUUUACUAGUUAAAUUUUUAUGAAGCGUAUAGUUGAUCAUUAAAACAGUAUUUUAUGUUUUGUUAUUCAGUCAAAUGACGUUUGCCAUUAUGAUGAUCUUUUGGAAGACUUGGCCAAAUGUUUAGCUGGAAUAAAAUCACUAGGGAUGUUGGUAAAAAAUAUUUCCUUCAGUUGUUGUAAAACUGAUUGCUUUCCACAUGCUUUACACAUACACAAUCCUUUGUGCUUUUUGAGUUUUUCUAUAGCAAACACUACUGUAAUUACUUUAAUGAUCGUAAGUAAAUGGAUGCCUUAUACUGUAUCAGCCCUACACACCAUAGCCGUACAGUCACGUUCAGUGAUUGCGUUCAGUGAUUGCGUUCAGUGAUUGCGUUCAGUGAUUGUAAUUUAUUUAUUGCAUGAAAACGAUAACAAACAUACACAAAUAAUAUGUUAAAUAGAUUCUCAUGGUAUAAGCACGUUGUAUAUUUCUUAAGUUUCUUGCAUUACUGUACGUCAAGUUAGAUUAAAUUAAUUAAUGGUGAUAAUUAUUAACUUCUGUAGGCCCAGAAAGCUCACCAAGAACAUGCUAGUCUUAUUAACGAGCAUUCGCAAACGAGAACAUUUGAGGUACGCGUUGUCGGUUUAUUAAGCCUGGUUUCCAUAUGGUCGUAACGGUCGUAAAAAUUGAGUCACGAUCUUUCUCAUCAGCAUUAAUAUAAUAACAUUUUAGAACUGAAAAUACGCGGAGUAUUUACAUUAUUAACUAGAGAAUAUACUUAUAUAAUGUGGUUUACACGUAUAAACUAUUGUCCCAUAAAUGAGCUUCAAAAACCGUUUUGAUUGGUCGACAGCCUGCCGGAAUGAUUUGAUACCUGCCAGAUUUGAUACCCACCUGCUAGAUUUGAUACCCACCUGCGAUAAGCAAUCUCAUUGGCUAAUGACUUUGUCACCUUUUGUUAAUGCUGCCAUGACGUAUUAGCAAAAAGUUCAAAGUUCAUGAGAUUCAAAAUGGCGUCAGUGUAUAUUUGUCAAUAAAACAACACGAUGACUUUAAAUCAAGAUGAAACCCCUUCGGUAAGAUGUUAUAACAGUUUAUAUAUUUUGUAAAGUUUUGUUUAUGGCACAAAAACGUUACGACAUGAUUUUUCGGUAAACCGCAAUAGACCUUAUGCAUAAUGACGUCACAAGGCUUGAUGCCCGCGAGGAAUGUUGGUCUUAGUAGUCAUCGCCCGGGAAAAUUUCGAUAGUGGAUAUCAAUUUUCCAUUGGAUAUCAAUUGCGGUUUACCUCAAAAUCAUGUCGUAACUUAUAUUAUAAACUGGCCGUUGAGAAAGAGCGUGACUCCUGUAUUUUACGACUAUUACGACCAUAUGGAAACCAGGCUUUACAUGUUAUACAGUGUAUAUAUGCAUAUUAUUUACUACUUUCUGAGGUUAUGACUAUUACUAUAUUCUUAUUGGUUUAUUUUCAGGUCACAAGCUGUGGUAAUUUCAAGACGAGAUCGUAUCUAAAAGUUGACAUUACUGAAGGUAGCACUACUUAGUUACUAUUUUCUUCUCACACACUUUCCGUACCAGGAAAGUAUAAUAUUUUGCACAGAAUCUGUAAUCUGUAUUAUAUAUGGCUACCAGCAUAUUGUUAUCAUCCUUUACACCUGCAGUUGGUUUAAUUUUACACCUCAUGGCUGUUAUUGACUGCGUAAUUAAUACACUGUUCCGGAAAGUGCUCAGUCUCGGCUAUAGAGCCUCGUUUUGGUGAUUGAGAUAAUUAUUGGGUAUAAUUAUUAUACCAAAUAUUUAUCUCAAUAUUAAACAUAUUAACAAUAUUAACAAUAUUAACAGUUAGCUAGUACCUUCUUUUUGUAACCUUAUCCCUUUCUUUAGUAGUUACAGGUGACACAUUUACGAAACCAUAUAGGGUUAUAUCAGUGAAUAUAUAAAAAGACCUGUUUAUAAAUUUUCUAAUCAGUAACGAUAUAAAGGGCUCUUAUUUACUUCUUAAAUUUCAGUUUAAAAACAAACUUAAAAUAAUCUAUUGAAUCCGUAUUAGCUUAUAGCAUCAAGAUCGUCCAUUUUGAAAUUUUGAAAUCUGCAUGUGUUUUAUUUAUUCAGUUUACCCACUAAAAUAUAUUUGUCACUAAUCAAAUUCGCUAACUGUCUUGUUUGGCCUUUUGGUUAUUACAGUUCGCUAGUACUUUCUUUUUGUAACUUUAUCCUAAUUUUAUAUUUAUGUAUAUGUAUUAUUAACGGUACUGAAUAAAUUGUCUUGCCUUAUCAAUGCCUCAAACACGAAAACGAGGCUUUAUUGUACUUUCCAGAAGGGUGUAUUAAACUGGUCAUGUACAGUAUAUGGAAUAAUGGAUCAUACCUAUAUAUAUAUAUAUAUAUAUAUAUAUAUAUAUAUAUAUAUAUAUAUAUAUAUAUAUAUAUAUAUAUAUAUAUAUAUAUAUAUAUAUAUAUAUAUAUAUAUAUAUAUAUAUAUAUAUAUAUAUAUAUAGGUAUGAUCCAUUAUUCCAUAUACUGUACAUGACCAGUUUAAUACACCCUUCUGGAAAGUACAAUAAAGCCUCGUUUUCGUGUUUGAUGCAUUGAUAAGGCAAGACAAUUUAUAUACAUAAAUUACCUGACUUUCAGUGUCAUAGUGCUAACGCUUCGCAUAAAUUAAGGUGUUGCCGUUUGCGCUUUAUGUUAUACCCAACAUAAAAGUGGUUUUGAAAACAAAAGAAAAUACUUUGUCAUCUUCAUUCAGCGUGGCUGCGAUGACGUAAGGUGAAAACGACCUAUACAGUAUUCUUUGUUUGCGCAUGACGUUACUACGUGUCAUUAGGCGCCAUCUUGGUUGAUUUUAAAGUUUUGUCCAGCCGUUUACAUCGAAAUAGUUGAGUUAUUUUAAUAUUUUUGGUUUGUUUUGAAAAUAUCUUACUGUAUUAUGGAUAGUUUACGAUUUCUGGCACAAUACGACAAAGAAUGAAGAAUAUAGAUUUUUAGUUACCACGAAAAUCAACCAAGAUGGCGUCGAUUGUAAACGAGCAAUACGUACACUGUUGCAUAUACAGUUAAUCUCUAUAUGUGUUGGCCAAUCUCGUGCACUACAGUAAUUAUUAUAUAUUUGAAUUGUGCAGGAAAACUGUGGUUUAUGAAGAACGAGAAGGACUCCAUUGAUGAUUCUACUAUAGUGGAGCAUGAUAAAAGUACGAAUAUACUAUUUAGUUUGACUUAGAUAUGUAACUAUUAUUGACCGAAGUGGAGGUGAAUAGUGCAAUGAUAUUCACCGAAACACGAAGCGUUGAGGUGAAUAUCCUUGCAAUAUUCACCGACAUGCAUGUUUCGGCGUCCAACGCCUCGUCAGUGCAGCUUGGUACACGUCUAGAUACAUGAUGCCUCCGUAUUUAUGCACAUGAGCGUGCUCUCACCAAGCGCAUGUGCUACAACACGAAGGUACUGACGCAUCCAGACGUGUGUGGGGCCAGAGUACUCAAACAACCACAAGGGAAGUUUUACGCUGAUAUUAUUGUAGUUUCCUAUUUGUCGAGUGUUUAGUUGUUUUUGCUUUAACAGUAUAUGUGAAUUUUCCUUUGCGUAAUCUUAAAAAAAUGUGCAGUCGUCGAGAUGGGAUAGCAACGCCUCGACGAACUAUAGGCUACUUAUAGGAAUAUAGGUCGUAUGUUUGUGUUCUCUUCAAUCUCAGUACUAUUUCUACUGAAAGCAUGCAUCACGAAGGCGUUUAUUGUUUAGUAGUUGGUACUAUAGUGUUCAAAAACGAAGCGAUCACCCAGGUUUUAAGUACAUUCAACGCAUGAUGACGCAUUCAUUUUUACUUUCUUAAUGUUUAAUAACAACAACUGUACUUAUUACGUAAUAAUUGCAUUUUUUAUUCUAACUUUAUAGUUUUACAGUUGGUGAAGGAUCCAGAUACGUCGAAGCUGACACUCAAGAUAGCCAAAGGGAAUAGAGAAUAUUUGUUCAAAGAUAUUCAGGUAUAUAUAUUCAUUUUUUAUCUUGUACCCAGAGUACUUUAUAAUAUUGAACUGUCUGUGCCAGUGUAGGUAGUGUCAAUAAUAAAAUAUCAAGCUUUCGUUGGUAUAGGAAUGCAACUAUACCUGAAAAUACAUGGAAAAUUUCGGAGCGCAUUAAGGCCCUGCGUCUGGAGUUAGUAGCGGGGGUCAGAAAAAUUACAUGAGCUUUUAUAUACUAAGAAUUUAAAAGCGAUCACGUGGCAAUAAAUAAACCAAUCAGAUUGAUUUACAAAAGUUUCUGCAUGGCUGUGGACGAAAAGUUUUCAUGAUGGAAUGAGCCAACAAGUCAAUUUGGGUCGCAUAAAAUCAAGGUCAGAGCCUUGCCCUGCUGGUGUACCCCAAGGACUCAGUCUCGGGACACAUAGAGGUUAGUUCCUGCAAAUAUGCAGACGAUUGUACACAGUUUAAUAUUGUCCAGGAAGAUGAUAGCAGCAAUCUUCAAGAAGCUUUGGACGCUGCAUGUGAAUGAUUGGGCAGUCUCAAUUCUAAAAAAGUAAAGAUAUGUGGAUAUUGAACCUAUUAAACGCUAUUGAACCUCCAGUAUAUGCAUCGCUCAGUCUUGGCAACGAUGCAUGUCAUUGAAAGGGUUACUUCAUUUAAACUACUCGGAGUAUGGCACCAAAAUAAUUUAAAAUGAAUGGACUCGGCACAUAGACGAAAUUACAAAAAGAGCAAGCAAAAUGCUUUAUUACUUAAGAGAGUGCAGGCGAGCUACAUUGCCUGCUGAGGUUGGUACGUAUUACGUGUUACUUAACAAAGAUUAGACCACUGUUGGAAUAUGGUGCCCCAUUAUAUGGGGUGGAGUUCCGGACUAUCCAGUUAAUGAAUUGGAAAGCAUUCAAAGAAGGAGUUUGGAUAUCAUUGGUCUUCCACGUGACUUUCUGAGGAAGAAGGAAAACAACAGCAUGCUCGAGAAUUAAAGGAUGAUGUUAAUCACCCAUGUAAUAUAUUGAUUUUAUCAUAUACGAGACUACGAGUAUAGCAUUUUGGCGGUUGUGGACGGUGUGCGUGAUAGGGAAAGCAGUCAUUAAAUUUUAAUAUAGCUUGCUCGAUACAUAAACAACCUUAACAGCUUCAAAUUACUCUAUAGUACUUCAUUCACGAGUUCAGAAUUUCAAAUAGGAUCUCAUGUCGUUGUCUUAUCGUUGUUUGUUUCAAUUUGUGGCCUGUUAAUUUGUUUAUCUAUUUAUUAGUAUGUCUAAUAUCUGUCACGCCAUAGUGUAAAUUAUUGUUAUGUUUAUGUAUGUUGUGGAACCCCGUUAUUGGAGAUUUUAUCUCUGUGUGGUCAUUCCAGCCAUUGUGUGUAAUUUAUAGUUAGUUUAUAUCUUUAAUAAUGGCAAAUUUGUAAAUAAAUAAUAAUAAUAAAUAAUCAUAAUAGUUCUGGUCACAUUUGUAAACUUAUUGUACUUUUUAACUUAAAAUAGGUAUUGAAGAUUAUUAUUAUAACAUUAUCACGUUACACCUAUUCAGUUCUCUUUUAUAAUCGUUAUAGGUAUGCAGGGCUCUCAUAAGUGCUGUACUAAAUAAAACACGCGUUUAUCAUACUCAUUUAAAAUGCGAAUGCGCAGCACGAGCAUUUAGAUAUCAAUGAUAAAACACUACAAGUGUUUUGAAUAGCUUCCGACACGACUAUACAAUAUAUGCCGUUUCAUUAGUAUUCUUUAUUCUAUAUAAAGAAUACUAAUGGGAUGAGUUUUAUUAGGUUUAAAGCUUGACAUAGUAUGGUUGACAUGAUUUGCCAAUACGCUUAUUAAUUAUUAAUGAGUGUUGUAAAUUCAUAACUUUAGAAUCUGCAGAAAUUUCAUUGUUAAAACGUCUGGAUUUUAUAGGGAGAGUUUAAAAUAUGCCUGCACAAAUUCAAUGCUCGCACACUCGUGCAUUUAAUGGUAAUGCCAUUACCUGGUUAUAGUAUAAUCCGGCAAAACGUAAUGCCCUAUUUACAAACAUGAUGUAUAUGGAUGGGAAAUAUCUGAGUAGCGCUAUUUCACCUUUGUUUUACAACAAAUUAUUUUCCUGUCCCAAAUCUGGGCGGUCGCCUGACCUGUAGUUUUUAUCAGUCACCAUACAGUCAUGUAUUUUUCCAGGCUCGAGAGCAUCUAUGCCAGCUCGUCCAGCAUAUGAUGAACACACACGAUCCAACCAAAAAGGAACUUAAACAGAUAUCUAUAUUUGUUGGCACGUGGAAUAUGGGUGAGAGUUUUUCCUCUAUUCUCGGGAAGGUAUUUAUAAUACUUAGAAGGCAUUUAUAAUUUUUAUAUAUGUUAAUCACCGUAGGUAAGUAUUUUUUAGUGAACAGGAAAAGUUGAGACUGAGUCGGAUUCGAACCGGCGACCUCUGGGUUACAAGCCCAUCGCUCUACCAACUGAGCUAUCAGCCCGACGGAAAUGAAUGAUAGAAAUGUAUAUAUUACAGUAAUUAUUGCGAAUAGAUAGGUUGACGUGACGUGAUUACGAUAGAUAAAUUAGUCUCUCUAAGUGGGUAUAUAUACAAAUAUACAUUACGAAUGGAGGGGUUGGCGUGACUUAAUAGAUCGAUUUUCUCCAAGAAACAAUUCAGGUUCAAAAGAACGACAAUUAGUAAUAUCAAAAAUCCAGUCCCUUAGGUCUUAAAAUAGGCCAUAAAAUGUUUUGACUAAUUGACCCAUGGCUGUAUAGUUGCUUAUAAUAUGGGGGGCACUGAAUGGUGUUCAUCAUUUCACAUUCCGAGUGGCGGCUGGUUUCAUCCUUCCAAGUUAGAAUUCUUCCUCUUAUCCGUUUGGCGUAACAUUUCAGCCCUAUCCUUAACUUUAACCUCAGAAAACUGGUCCUUAACCAACUUUUUGUUAAAUCCUCUCUUUAUAAAAUGACCUUCCAUUUCUUUAAGCCUAUCCUGAAAAACUUUGUCCGAACUACAAAUCCGUUUUAAUCUUAGCGCCUGACCAUAGGGGAUUGCCUUCUUCACAUGUGCAGGAUGACAAGACUUGAAGUCUAAGUAUUGAUGUGUAUCAGUCGGUUUUGAAUACACAUCCGUUUGCAAUUUACCAGACUCCAACUUCACCCGCACAUCCAAAUAAGACACCCCCCUUUUCGAAUAUUCCCAUGUAUAUUUGUUUCAUGAUAAUUGUUAAUAUAAUUUAAAAAUUCCAACAGGGAUUCUUUACCAUGAAGCCAAAUAAAAAAUAUAUCAUCCAAAAAUCUGAACCAUACUGAAGGACUCAAGUGAUACCCCGCCAACAUUUUAUUUUCCAGUUCUGCCAUAAAAAUAUUUGCAAACGCUGGAGCAAAUUUUGUGCCAAUGGCUGUCCCUAACUUUUGUUUAUACACUUUUUCACUGAAUUCAAAAUAAUUGUUAUCUAAUAUAAUUUUGGCUAAAUCAAUCAAAUCAUCUACAGAAAGUCCCUCUCCUUUAUCCAUACUACAUUUUUUUCUGAAAUCCUCAAUACUUUUUCUCAUACUGGACAGACCUUCCAAAUGAGGAAUAUGCGGGUACAGUCCCACAACAUCCAUUGUGCACAAGAUCGCUCCCUCUGGAAUAUCACCCAAAUCCUGCAGCCUUUUCAAAAAAUCCGUGGUAUCCCUUAUAACAUUGGGCAGACUCUUAACAAUAGGUUGUAAAUAGUGAUCGACUAAUUCCGACAAACCCUCCGUCGGUGUCCCACAGUUAGAUAUAACUGGACGACCUGGGACAUCAACUAGCCGUUUGUGAAUUUUUGGAAGUAAAUAGAAUCUGCCCAAUUUAUUAUUCGUACCCCUUAGAUAAUUAAAAUUCUUUUCGCUAAUAACCCCCUUUCCUUUCAAAUUCUCUAAUUUAUUCCGAACUAUUUCUGAAACCUUUGCUAGUGGAUUUCCUUCUUCCGAUACAUUUUCGUAAACUAAAACAUCAGCCAAUUGUCUAUUAGCUUCCUUACAAUAAUCCUCUAAUCCCCAAACCACUACCGCAGACCCCUUAUCAGCCCCUUUUAUUACUAUAUCCCUAUAUCCCUUUAAAUUCUUAAAAGCUUCUCGCUCUUCCGCACUCAAAUUACUAAAAUUAUGACCCCUUUCCUUAAUAGCCAAUACCUUAUCUUGCAAGGCAUUCAAAAAUGUUUCUAAUGCUGGGUCCACUUUACUCGGGUACCAUGUAGACUUUUCUCUAAACUUACUUAAUCCCUCUACAUCAAUUUCACUUAAGGGUUUAUCUUUAAAGUAUGCUCUAUACAUUUAAUUUUCCUCGAGAAUUCAGCUAAAUCUUGCGCUAGUUUAUGUUUAUCAAUCUCUUGCUGUGGGACAAAAAUUAAGUCCUUUUGACAGCACUUUAACUUCCGCAUGCGAUAGAUUUCUAGUUGACAAAUUAACUACAUUUUCACUAACAAAAACUUGAUUUACAUCUGAUCUCACCCUGCUUGGUUCCGCUUCAUUACAGUCCAGCAAUUCGUCCUCGAUCGCUAAUUCUAGCAUCUGAUUUUGCACGCUUUGUAUGUCCUCGGCAUCUUCUGAACCGUUCUCUCUUCUACCUUGACUUAAUUGACUCUCUCGAUCUUCAUUAAAUAACUAUUAAAUAAUAUUUUAACUAAAGGAAGUGCUUCACCACAAAAGAUAGAGUCAUGGUUGACAUGCAGUGGUACUGGAGAAACGAUAAAUGAUUUAAAGAUCAUGGAAGUCGUAGGUCAUGAUAUUUACGCAAUUGGGACGCAGGUGAGUGCAAAAUCGGUCCAAUGAUUAAGGACGGUCAGUAUUCGGGACGUUAACGAUAUAUAUACAAGUAGUUCUCAUCCCCACAUACGAUACACAAUACUGUAAGUACUUUCAUAUAUUUAGUCUAUAUUUAUUUAUAACAGUACAGCUGUAGGUAAUAAUACCGUAAUAAUAAUAGGCCCUAUAACUAAAUACAUGUAGUAAUAUACUAUAUAACUAUGAAUGUAAAUAUAAGAGUAUACUAACUAUAUAUUUAUAAUUUAAAACAAAGAAAAGGCACUUCAGACAGCAAGGACUAAAAAAUGUUCAUGCUGUGCCGUGUUCAAUUCGCAGUACUUGGCUAUUUUAGUGUUAGAAACAAAAAUUCUUCCUCACUUGUUAAUUUCUGUAGGAAAGUUCGGUCGGUGAAGCAACGUGGAUUUCGAAGAUAAAGAUGGAGCUGAAGAAGCAAUUUAAAAUAGACUAUUAUACGGUUAGUGUUGUGUUUCUUACAGUUAUGCAUGCUGUAU